AUGUCGUCGUUCAUCCUCGUGCUACUCUGCACACUUUACGCGACAUUAGUCGCAGCCAUUCCACAGGCAGUAACUCUUGCUGCAGCACCCGUUCUACCACCAAAGGGCAAAGUCACCUUGACCACCCUCGACGUCGAUCUUGAAGGAAGUGGCUGCAGACCUGGCGAUGCCAGCGUCAUGCUUGCUUCGGACAAUUCCGCCAUGACCGUCAUUUUCGAUAACUUCUCUGCCGCAGACGGACCGAAGAAUGGGGGUGCGAGUACACGCGCGUUCUGCAGGGUGAAUAUCGGCAUGACAUCGCCUGGAUGGGCAUUCGAUAUCAGUUCGGCUGAUUUCCGCGGAUAUGUGUACAUCGAGAAGGGCGUGAAUGCUAGUUUGGUCAGUCGAUGGAAAUGGAUUGACAAGAAUGGGUUAGAUUUGAAAGGCAAGGGAAACAUCCAGAAGAAAAUAACAGGGCCUUUCGAGGAUGACUUCCUCCUACACAAAGACGGCGAACUGUCGAAUACAGAGGCAUCGGUUUGCCAGAAGAAAGACGCAAGGAUUCAGAUUAGUUUGUCGGCAACUGUGGAUUCUGGAACUUCGAAGAAGAAUGGAUACGUGCAAGGGGGUUCAGCGGAUGCCGCAUUUGGUGAAAUACUGAAUCUUUCGUGGAAGAAGUGCUGA